AUGCUUACUCCGGUGGCAACUAGUUAUAUUGUCACUGUUGUGAUCCAUCGCAGGAGUAACUACGCCAACUGUGAGUUGCGAAAAUGUUGUCCGAAGACUGCCCAUGACAGCCCUCCGGUUAAAUUGGGCCCACACAAGACAAAAACAUGCAUCAUAGGGAAACGGCAACAGAUGAAGGACGGAAUAGGGUACAGACUUGCGAAAACAGUUGAUUCAAAUCAAAUGGGCCAAAUGACCAAAGAAAACGAGCGGAACUUCGAGCUGGAUCUAUCCUCAAAUUACAAAUACGAAAUGUGUGAACAAGCUGGCUCCCUGUGUUAG